AUGAUUGAUUGUGGCCAUAACGGGUCAGCACAGGUGUCAUCAUCUCCCCUAAAAGCCUUAGCAAUGCAGGCCGGUUGGCACUUCCUCCUUCGGCGCGGCAGCAGAAUCCUAAGAGACAGUGCCAGGCUGGUGCGGACCUCAGCGCGCGUAGGGUCGACCAGGCAAAUGGCACUCUCCGCCGCGCCUCUGUGCGACAAGUUGCUCAAACGCAAUACUCAUACGUCUGUGACCCCUGACCUGAAUCGACCUCGGCCGAAACUAGCGAGUGCGAGCCAAGAUCACAACACACUCAAGGUGCAGGUCCGGUGGCGCGACGGAGAGCGAGACGAGUUCCCUUACGUGUGGCUCCGCGACAACUGCCAGUGCCCCGACUGCUUCCUCAGGAGCGCCUCGAGCCGCCUGCUGAGGGUAGCAGGCCUCUCGACGGACGUCCGCCCGAGGGAGGUGCAGGUAUCUAAUGACGGGUAUUUUCUGAAAGUUGUGUGGGAGAACGGCCACGAAAGUACAUACGUUUCUGAUUGGCUGAACGAACGAGCCUUUAAUCCACGCCAGCAAAGUAUUUACAAUAAUACGUACAGACUCCGGCCAGAGCUUUGGGACGCGGACAUGGCUCAGAGGAUCCCGAGAGCCUCCUUCGACGAACUCAUGGAGGACGACGCAGCACUCCUGAAGCUCCUGGAGUGCAUGGAGGUCCUCGGGUUCACGGUGGUGUCCGGCGCCCGGCAGGAGGAGGGGGAGCUGCAGCGCCUGAGCGAGAGGGCGUCGCACCUCGUUCCUUCUAACUAUGGGACGACUUUUAUUGUUAAGGAUAAAAAGGAUGCGAGUAAUGUUGCUUAUACUAGCCAGGGACUUGACUUGCACUGUGAUUUGGUCUGCCUUCACUACAAGCCUUGUGUCCAGCUGUUGCAUUGCAUCAGCCAGUUCGAGGGCGACGGCGGCGACUCCAUCCUGGCCGACAGUCACCGGGUCGCCCUCCAGAUGCGGGAACUUUACCCGCAGAAGUUCCGAUUUCUAACUGACGUCCUCGUGAACUUCCGCGACGUCGCUACUGACGAAGGGUUCGAGUUCGACAUCAUAGCCAGAAGGCCCAUGAUCAGCGUGAGAGCCGACGGGGAGAUCAAGACGGUAAAUAUGAGCACCUUUGGCCGCGACUCCCACUUCGGCGUCUCCCCGAAUGACGCCAUCAGGUGGUACGACGCCUACGUCACCUUCUGCGAGCUCCUGUACCGCCCCGAGAACCACUUCACUUUCAAGCUGGAGGCCGGUGAAAUCCUCAUCAUGGACAACCUGCGCAUCCUCCACGGCAGAACGGCUUACGAAGAUACCGUCGAGGGGGUGCGCCGGCUUGAGGGAGGAUUCUGGGACUGGGAUAUGAUGAGGUCGCGGCGUCGGGGCCUCCAGAGGAAACUUGGGGGCUGUUCAGAAAUCAGUGAGAGAGCUCCCAUGGUAAUACUUGCAAUGCCAGAAAGAGGAUGGAAAUGCAGGGUUAUGGCAAAAUCCCAGGGCACAUGCAACAGAACUUUGAAAAGAACAGCAAAUAGAUAUUUACGCUCAUUUGAUAUCAGUGGUUUAGAGGUUAUCUUGCAGUAA